AUGUCGAAUCCGAAUCUCGCAGAGGUCAUGGGCGACGGCCCUGCCUCAAUAGCCGACAAGCUCACGCUGCUUCCAGGAUACGAGCCCGACUUUUCCGCCGUCACAUUCUGCCUCAAGGAGGAGGACCACACAUUGGGCAACUCGCUUCGCUACAUCAUCAUGAAGGACCCCCGCGUCGAGUUCUGCGGAUAUAGCAACCCACACCCUUCGGAGAACAAGAUCCACCUCCGUGUUCAGAUGUAUGAUCGCGCCUCAGCUCUGGAUGCGCUUCGAGAUGCCAUCGAGAACCUGGACCAACUCUUCGCUGCGAUCGGCGACGCAUACGAGCGCAGCCUCGACGCUGGCAACUACGAGAAGCACGUUGAGCCCAAGCUGGACCACGACAAGCUGGCUCAGAUGGCCGAGGAGGGCAAGAAGCGCCGCGCGGAAGAGCAGGCAAAGGAGGCAGAGGCACGCAAGCAGGCUGCUCAAGCUGCCGCCGGUCGUCCCAUGUGA